AUGUUAAUGUAGUAUGUGUGUGACAACGGGAUUGACAACAUGGAUACGACUGACCUAGGAGGAGGUAUAAAUUGUACGCCACCGGCUAUAGAAGAUUUUCCACACGACUUGUUUGAUGAAGAGCAAAGACAAGGCGGUGCCGUUGUCGUACACGUCAUCGUGUCGCUUUAUUUAUUUAUCGCUUUAGCAGUAGUAUGCGAUAAAUUCUUCGUACCUGCUGUAGAAAAAAUAUGUCACGCACUCUCGAUGUCAAAAGACGUAGCCGGCGCGACGUUUAUGGCGGCGGCGACGUCGGCCCCAGAAUUAUUCGUGAAUGCCAUCGGAACAUUCAUCACGGAAGGUGACAUUGGCGUCGGGACGAUAGUGGGUUCCGCAGUAUUCAACAUCCUGGCUGUCCCAGCCUGCUGCGGCAUCGGUGCGGGAAUGGUGGUGCCUUUGGACUGGUGGCCUGUUAGUAGAGAUUGUCUCGCUUACGGUGUCACGGUCGCAAUUUUGAUAUGCAUUAUACACGACGAGCGGGUGGAAUGGUACGAAGCGUUAACACUGGUGCUCUUGUACAUUGUUUAUAUCGCCGUGAUGUACUGGGAUAAAUCGUUCCAGCGGUGUACAAGAUUUCGCACGAACGAGGAUCAGAUAUCUUCAGACGGCCCGCGAGUUACGACAGAUUCUAGCGACAUUCACUUACCGAGACCGGACAAAUUGCAAUCGCCCGGCGAUCGUGUGGAGCAGAUAGCCACUAUCGACGUGCCGCUGCAAAAUGGCGGGACGAAAACGCAGGAGGAGAAUCCGGAUCCCAAUUACGAGUACGAGCUCCUGGUGUGGCCGGCGCACGCCGGCUGGUUGAGGAAAACCACUUGGAUCACGACAUGGCCCAUUCAUCUGGUAUUCAUGUGCACAAUUCCCGAUUGCGAGAAACCACGAUUCAAGAAUUGGUUCCCUAUCACAUUCCUGAUGUGCAUCGUAUGGAUUGGAUCGCUCAGCUACGUGGUAGCGUGGAUGAUCACUAUAAUCGGUGACACGCUGAAGAUACCAGAUUCCGUAAUGGGCAUCACUUUCCUCGCGGCGGGAACCAGCGUACCCGAAGCUGUGUCGAGCGUGAUUGUUGCGAAACAAGGACACGGGUCGAUGGGCAUCAGCAAUUCCAUAGGAUCGAACACGUUCGAUAUACUAUUGUGCCUCGGACUACCCUGGCUGAUCAAGUCGUCCUUCUCGCCCACGCAGCCCGGCAGGCAUUACAUAAGUAUAAAUUCCGGCGGGCUGGAGUACAGCGCGAUAUCAUUGCUGUCGACCCUCAUGCUGCUGUACAUCGCGUUCGCCUCCAACAAGUUUCAGCUCGACAUGAAAGUGGGCCGCGCCUGCCUGUGCAUGUACGCCGUGUUCCUCAUACUGGCGUCCCUGAUCGAGCUCAACGUAUUCUUCAUGGUAAAUCUCCCCACCUGCCAAAGGACGGUGAAAUGAUCGAGGAGACCCGGACGAUGACCCGCCCGUAAUGACGUACGGGCGCGGCCUCGCUCGCAAUCCGCGCCGGAAACGUUCUUUCCCUCCCCCUCCCCUCUCCCACGGACUUACCGAGAGACCCGAGCUUGAGCGAGGGGUGUUUAUUUCCAGCUACACGGGACAGCUUCACCGUGUGUACAGUUUUAAUAUCAACAAUGUUAUCGCCACGUUAGAACCAUGACAUGUAAUGCAUUUUGUAUUUACUUACUAAACUCUCUCUCUCUCUCUCUCUUUCUCUCUCUUUCUCUCUCCCCCUCUCCCUGUCUCUAC